GAUGGGUGCAUAAUCCAAUUCUUAGGGUUCUUGGACCAAUUUAUGUGAGAAUAGAUCCUAUUUAUCAACCAUGGCGCAACGGAAACUAUUACAUGGGACAUCAGGGUAUUUAGAGUAUUCGAGGUUGUACAAUGACCUCGUUUAUGUUUAACUCGGCGACUGGGCUUUUCUCACUUGAAAGACAGGUCACUAUGAUGCCUGAGACGCCUUCACUCCUCUUUGUGCCACCCACCUUGGAAGGAGCGAUUUAUGCAUUAGUUAGCCACCAAAUUACUAUUUGCUCUGUGCCUCCUCUUCGGAGUCUGGUCACUAAGAUCAACCAACUUGCACCAACCUGCACACCGCACCUAAAUCAAAUGUGAAGCCCCUGGUGUACUUUAAGUGGACAGGUCCUCCGCAGCGUUUGACAGCUCGACCAAAUCCAUGAUCUGUGACCUUGUCCACGAUGCUGCAUCUCGCUGGUUGUGUAGGAGCCCGCCGGGCUGGAUCAUCAUCGCACUACCUCGUUCGUGCUGCCGGUGUCACCACAACCAAUGCUCGGGGCACGCCUACAGCUGGCUCCUAUCGUCUCAUUUCGAGCUCGCCCAGGCACGUACAGCAAGCCGCCGCCGCCAGCGUCAGAGUUGAGGAGCAUCACGAAAGCAAUUUCCAGCUGCCUCAGAAAGUAGCUGUCCCUGGUGGAGUCCCUUACUGGCAGAAAGUCAGUAUUUGGAAGGAUGUACCAGAGGAUAAAUUUCUCAACUAUCAGUGGCAGAUCAAGAAUACGGUCCAAGGAGAGAGCAAGCUGCUUCAGUUCCUGGAGGGCGUUCUCCCAGAGAAACUGCCAGCUCCUCGCGAUACUAACUCACCACUUUCUCAAAUCAAGACCAGAGAUGAUUUCCUCAAUGAGGUCAAGGAGGCUAUUCGUAUUGCCCCAAUGGCCAUUCGCAUCACACCUCACACCCUCAGUGUGGCUGAUUGGAGCAAUCCUUUUGAGGAUCCCAUUCGCCGGCAGUUCGUCCCGUUGAGGGCCUCCUUACUACCAGACCACCCAAAAUUGACUCUCGAUUCUCUCGGUGAAGCGCACGACUCCCCCGUUAAAGGCUUAGUUCACCGUUAUCCUGAUAAGGCUCUGUUUCUUGCUACUUCAGUGUGCAAUGUCUAUUGCCGUUUCUGCACUCGGUCUUACGCCAUCGGCGCCGACACGGAAACAGUAACCAAGUACUCUCUAAAGCCUACUCGCAGGCGCUGGGACGAGAUGUUCGAUUACAUCGCCUCCACCCCUGCCCUCUCCGAUAUUGUCAUCUCUGGCGGCGACGCCUACUACCUAACCCCCGACCAGCUGUAUGAUAUUGGCACACGUCUCCUCGACAUCCCUCACAUCCGCCGCUUCCGCUUCGCAACCAAAGGCCUUGCCGUCUGCCCCUCGCGCAUCUUGGACCCAACAGAUUCCUGGACAUCUGCUCUCAUCGCCGUGUCCAACGUCGGCCGCAAGAUGGGCAAAAUGGUUGCCGUGCACACACACUUCAACCACCCAUCGGAGAUCACAUGGGUGAGCCGGGCCGCAUCUAAGAAGCUCUUCGCUGCCGGCGUUGUGGUGCGCAACCAAAGCGUGCUUUUGCGUGGAGUGAACGACGAUCUGGGGACAAUGAAAGCGUUGAUUCGCAGCCUGGCGGAUAUGGCUAUUACGCCGUACUAUGUGUACCAGGGCGAUAUGGUGGCUGGAGUGGAAGACCUACGCACCCCGCUCCGCACCAUUCUCGAGCUCGAGAGUCAGAUUCGUGGCUCCAUUGCCGGCUUCAUGACACCGCAGUUUGUUGUCGAUCUUCCCGGCGGCGGGGGAAAAAGACUCGCAGCGUCAUAUCAGAGUUAUGAUUCGAAGACGGGUGUCUCACGGUUUGUUGCACCAGCGGUUAAGGGCGGAGAGACAGUAUAUGCAUAUUAUGAUCCAGAGUGGAGCCUACCAAAGGCCGAAGGGCCUGACAAAGGAUAGCGUUCUUAUUCCCGGGCAGGUGUUUUUUUAGAUAAAGCAGGUGAUACCCAGGGAUUGGUUUGGGGUGCAUGAUUUGUCGACUGCCAACUGGAGCAUGCAAUGGCUGGACCAUGCAUGCUAGGAACUAGUUAAUGUGGCGUUAAACUUUUUGUUUGUAUUAAUCAUGGAUGCAUGGGCUUCUGCAUUUUUGCGGGGUACACAUUGCUACGAAGGUAACAACAGUCUGCGGAUCGGAGGGCCCUGUCAUCAGGGCCUCUGGUCGAUAUCAUUAUUAUUGUUUAUUGUAAUAUCAUCCUAGCUGAAGGGACCGUGUUUGAGGCAUUUUUUGUAUGUCAUCCUUGAAGUGCCUAAUAAUGGCCUUGUCCAUCUCGCGCUUAGACUCCAGGGUCGCAACCUGCUGCUGCAGAUCUUCGAUUUUAGCGUCCCUAGCCUUCAGCGCCAGCCGAGUGAUAUCUCGGCCCUUCUCGAUGCCUGAAUUCUUCAGGGCAUAACGAUUAAGUAGAUGCCGUAAAUUAGCGAUCGCCUCGUCUUCGAUUGGCUGUCCUUCGAGAAGCCGCAGGACCUCUGCUGUAAUGUCAUAACCUGCCGAUCCGCUGCCGCCAGUCUCAACCACAGAACUGAAAUCAAGGCGCCGAUUGGGGGUUGGUGAUGCAGAAGGGCUUAUGAGGCCGCGUCUGGAGGCGCUGUCUAGCCUCAAGGGUUCUAAACGAGCGGCGGAUAUGGGGGUUUUGAAUACAUCCUCAUCCCGUGUUGUGGCAUUAGUGGCUGGUGUGGGCCAUGGACCUUCUCUACUUCGUAUCCUCUUGCUCCCUGGAGUUGAAAAAUCGCUCGUCUUCAGUGCUUUCCGAGGUGUCUCAGAUGGCCUCAUGGAUGACGCCCUCUCUGCCGCCUCCACAGCCUCAAUCUCGUCUUCAGCGCCCAAUGGCCACUCCCCAUAUUCAUCUUCGUCAUCUUUGUCCCGAUCAAUAAUUUUGCUAUCUUUUCCCGUAUCUUGCGGUCGACUAGUGGGUUUCUUCGGAGUUGUGGGCGGUCCCCCUUCUGACCUCGAAUUAUGAAGCACAGUCCUCAUUUCCCUACUUUUCGCAUCAUCGUCCCAAAGAAAGAACCCGCAAGACUGCUCCUUCGACUCUUGACAUGUAUAGAACCAUCGGCCCUUGUUCAGUGAUUCCUUCUUGACUUGAAAAUGGGAAGCUGGUAGUCGUGGAGAGCAAUUGCCUGCGAACCUGUUAGCCUCGGUGCGUACUCUGUAGGUUGGUGGAGCGCCAUACAGCGCCAUCCACCAUCCACGAAGAGGCCCUUUUUGGAUUGCAUCUUGAUCGGACUACCGCUAAGCUGUCUCCCUCCGCCAGGUUUGGUGGGAGUAACCUGCUCCGUGCUAGGGGAAUCCAUUAUUCUUUCAGUCGCAUAAUGGAAUGCGCUACCCGUCGUUGUUUACGUCGUCAUCAGUAUCGUAUAAGAGAUUGGCCCUUCAAGUUUCCCGCUUUUCGCCAGCUAUAAAUGCUGCAUCUGACAAGAAACAAAGCAAUAAGUCAGAGUCUAUUCCGCGCCGUAACUAAUAAUUCCCAUCCACAAUGUCGAUGCAGAACGAAGGCGUGGGGCUGGUGGUGAAAGCGUCAUAACUUUUGAGAUGACGGGGCCAGCCGGGCGUCGGGGAAACCCUAUAUUUCGCCUUACCGCUGUAAGCGCUCAGUGUUCACCUUCGGAACUCAAACUCCGCUUCAAUUGCCAUAAUAUUUUCCCAUUGUCUAAAUGUUAUAUAGAGCCCUCUUCUUCUUAUAGCUGCUAUAAAUGGAGCCAUUAUACAG